CUGUGGAGCUCGGAACGGAACGGAACUCUGGGCGUGUGCGUCCGCACUCCCCGCCCGGAAAGUUUGGCCGCGAAGCUCCCCGCGACCUCCCUCCUUCCCUCCCUGUCUGCGUCCCUCCCGGCCGGCGCGCGGGCCCGGCAUGAAGCGGCGCUGAGGAGGCGCUCUGGGUGCCGCCGCCUGAAGCGAAGCCGGAGCCGCUGCAGCAGCACCUGGGGCCACGCCGAUGACUACUGCAAACUGUGGCGCCCACGACGAGCUCGACUUCAAACUCGUCUUCGGCGAGGACGGGGCGCCGGUGCCGCCGCCGCCGCCGCCGCCCCCGCCGCCCCCGGGCUCGAGGCCUGCAGAUCUUGAACCUGCUGAUCGUACAUCCAUUUACAUCUUAAAUGUAGAUACACCUCCAUCUACUUUACACUCACCACUUUGCUUGCCACAUCAUGGAUUAUCGUCUCACUCUUCUGUUUUGUCACCAUCGUUUCAGCUUCAAGGUCACAAAAACUAUGAAGGAACAUGUGAGAUUCCUGAAUCUAAAUACAGUCCAUUAGGUGGUUCAAAACCCUUUGAGUGUCCAAGCAUUCAAAUCACAUCCAUCUCUCCUAACUGUCAUCAAGAAAUAGAUGCUCAUGAAGAUGAUCUACACACAAAUGAUCCAGAAAGGGAAUAUUUGGAAAGGCCAUCUAGAGAUCACCUUUAUCUUCCUCUUGAGCCAUCCUACCGGGAAUCUUCCCUUAGUCCUAGUCCUGCCAGCAGCAUCUCUUCUAGGAGUUGGUUCUCUGAUGCAUCUUCUUGUGAAUCUCUUUCACAUAUUUAUGAUGAUGUGGAUUCAGAGUUGAAUGAAGCUGCUGCCCGAUUUACUCUUGGAUCCCCUCUGACUUCUCCUGGGGGCUCCCCCAGGGGCUGUCCUGGAGAAGAGUCCUGGCAUCAACAGUAUGGAUUUGGACACUCCUUGUCACCCAGGCAGUCUCCAUGCCACUCUCCUAGAUCUAGUGUCACUGAUGAGAAUUGGCUGAGUCCCAGGCCAGCUUCAGGACCAUCAUCAAGGCCCACUUCCCCCUGUGGGAAACGGCGACACUCUAGUGCUGAGGUUUGUUAUGCUGGGUCCCUUUCACCCCAUCAGUCACCUGUUCCUUCUCCUGGUCACUCCCCUAGGGGAAGUGUAACAGAAGAUACCUGGCUCAAUGCUUCUGUUCAGAGUGGAUCGGUCGUUGGCCCUACACUUAUUUCAUUUCAAUACUAUGUAGACACUGAUAUCCCUCUGAAGACAAGGAAGACGUCUGAAGAUCAAGUUACAAUACUACCAGGAAAAAUAGAGCUCUGUUCAGAUGACCAAGGGAGUUUAUCACCAUCCCGGGAAACUUCAGUAGAUGAAGGCCUUGGAUCUCAGUAUCCUUUAAAGAAAGAUUCAUCUGGUGACCAAUUUCUCUCAGUUCCUUCACCCUUUACAUGGAGCAAACCAAAGCCUGGUCACACCCCUAUAUUUCGCACAUCUUCGUUGCCUCCACUAGACUGGCCUUUACCAACUCACUUUGGACAAUAUGAAUUGAAAAUAGAAGUGCAACCUAAAACUCAUCAUCGAGCACAUUAUGAAACUGAGGGUAGCCGAGGAGCAGUAAAAGCAUCAACGGGGGGACAUCCUGUUGUGAAGCUCCUGGGCUAUAGUGAAAAACCAGUAAGUCUACAGAUGUUUAUUGGAACAGCAGAUGAUCGGUAUUUACGACCUCAUGCAUUUUACCAGGUGCAUCGAAUCACAGGGAAGACUGUUGCUACUGCUAGCCAAGAGAUAAUAAUUGCCAGCACGAAAGUUUUGGAAAUUCCACUUCUUCCAGAAAACAACAUGUCAGCCAGUAUUGAUUGUGCAGGUAUUUUGAAACUCCGCAAUUCAGAUAUAGAACUUCGAAAAGGAGAAACUGAUAUUGGCAGAAAGAAUACUAGAGUACGACUUGUGUUUCGUGUACAUAUCCCACAGCCAAAUGGAAAAGUUCUUUCUCUACAGACAGCUUCUAUACCUGUUGAAUGCUCCCAGCGGUCUGCUCAGGAACUUCCUCAUAUUGAGAAGUACAGUAUCAACAGCUGUUCUGUAAAUGGAGGUCAUGAAAUGAUUGUGACGGGAUCUAAUUUUCUUCCAGAAUCUAAAAUUAUUUUUCUUGAAAAAGGACAAGAUGGACGACCUCAAUGGGAGGUAGAAGGGAAAAUAAUCAGGGAAAAAUGUCAAGGGGCUCACAUUGUCCUUGAAGUUCCUCCGUAUCAUAACCCAGCAGUUACAGCUGCUGUGCAGGUGCACUUUUAUCUUUGCAAUGGCAAGAGGAAAAAAAGCCAGUCUCAACGUUUUACUUACACACCAGUUUUGAUGAAGCAGGAACACAGAGAAGAAAUUGACUUGUCUUCAGUUCCAUCACUGCCUGUGCCUCAUCCUACCCAGAGCCAGAGAUCACCCUCAGAUGCAGGUCACCCAUGUGAUGGUGUACUGUCAGCACAGAGAAACUUGGUUUGUCCUAUUCAGCAAACAUACGAAUCCCUGAUAACCUCAUCCCACCUGACACAGUUGCAGUGUAGGGAUGAGAGUUCUGGUAAAGAACAGCAUAUGAUACCUUCUUCAGUCAUUCACCAGCCUUUUCAAGUUGUACCAUCACCUGUGGCGUCUUCCUAUCAGCCUAUGCAAAGUAAUGUUGUAUACAAUGGACCAUCAUGUCUUCCUACUAAUGCUGCCUCUAGUCAAGAAUUUGAUGCCGUUUUGUUUCAGCAGGAUGCAGCUCUUCCUAGUUUAAUAAAUCUUGGCUGUCAACCACCUUCAUCUAUACCAUUUCAUUCCUCUAAUUCAAGCUCAGCAGGACACCUCUUAGCCCAUUCACCUCAUUCUGUGCAGACCCUGCCUCAUCUGCCAUCGGCAGGAUACCAUUGUUCGAACACAGGACAACGAUCUCUUUCUUCUCCAGUACCUGAUCAGGUCACAGGUCAGCCUUCCCCUCAGUUGCAGCCCAUUACAUAUAGCCCCUCCCAUUCAGGAUCUGCUGCAACAGCCUCCCCAACAGCCUCUUGUCCCCUGGCCAGUUCUCCACUUUCAGGGCCACCAUCACCAUCUCCUCAGCUACAGCCUAUGCCUUACCAGAAUACGAGCUCAGGAACUGCCUCGUCGCCGUCUCUGACCACCAGAAUGCACUCUGGACAACACUCAACUCAAGCACAAAGUACAGGCCAGAGAGCUCUUUCUGCUUCUUCGACCUUAAUAUGUCACAAUUUGUGUGAUCCAGUUUCAUUUCCACCUGAUGAAUCAACUGUGAACAUUAAACCUGAUCCUGAAGAGCCUAACUUCUCGACCAUUGGUCUUCAGGACAUCACUUUAGAUGAUGUGAACGAGAUCAUUGGGAGAGACAUGUCUCACAUUUCUGUUUCCCGAGGAAGAGGAGCAAGCAGGCAGCCUCCCCUUCCUGGUCCUGAGUCCCUGGAUUUAGGAAGAUCCGAUGGGCCCUGACAGCUUUGUACACCAUCAUGCACUUCUCACCAUGUUUCUCAUUGGACCUUGGGUUUCUAACUCGGCAGCCUUCUGGUGCCAGAAGUUGGGAUCAUUGUGUGGGGAAUUCAGCAUUUCUCCACCUCAGGCCUUGGGUAGAUUUUAUAAAAGAACAGUAACAGCAGAGGCUGUUUGAGCUUUGCUUUUUAUAUUUAAGUAGAUACUUUUAUAUGAUGGGUGCUUUGAGUGUAAAGACAGCAGACUCAAUUUCUGCUUUAUGCAGAUAAUCUGGUUGCUUAGUUAGGAUUGGUGAUUUGUACUGCUUUAUGGUCAUUUAAAAGACCCUUUAGCUUUGAUAUUUUUAAAAUAAGAAUUUUUGAUAAAAUCUUCCAGAGGCAACAAAACCCUCAGCCCCUACUAUGCCUCAGAAACUCAGCAUGUGUCCUGAAGUCUUUCAUAGUCAUAGGAAAUAAAGCCAAAUGUAGCUCAUAUUUCUUUAUAAAAGUGAACUGUUAGAUAAAAUAAGAGACCAUUCCAAUCAUUGAAACGUUGGAAUAGAAAAUUACAUUCCAGAGCAUAGCCUUUCUGUCACUUUCCUAGGUAUAAUUGUCCUGCAGUCUCUCAGUUACCAACAUCCUGUUGAAAUAGCUUUUCCCCCUUCUGCCUUGGGACCUUGGAUAAGAUAGCUGCAUGAAAGGUGACUUUGAGAGGUUGUUAGCUUGGUAGUUCCCAUUUCUUGGCAGCCUACACAAAAGCAGGCUACUGAGUGCUCUUCCCAUUUGUAUCCUGUGACUUCAAAUCUUUUACAAGUAAGAGAGAGCAUCUGCAUUUGGCUGCUCUUUAACCUUAGAAGCCAUAUUUUCAUUUUGGUAAUUGCUGGUUGUAUCUCCUCUCUAGAAGCCAGACUGUCAGAAGCUAAAUACAAAUGAGAAUUGCUGCAGGUCAAUAGCAGAUAAAGCACUGUGUUUCAGGUGUGAUUCACUCUGGCCUGGAAGAUUUAUCCUCAUUCUGUUUACAACCUAUUCUGGCUUCCUCUGUCCCAUCUGUGUGGCCU